ACCUGGCACGCGGAUCCCAAACCUCUAUAUGAACUCCCACGUAGCAGAUAUCCAAGACAAAAACAACCGAUCUCCAUCUCCACGGAACAAGUGAAGAACAGACCACACAAACAGUUGUCAAAUGUACAAAUUACUCUUAAUUUACAAUUACCACCGCUUCAUAUUUUCCCUCAUUCUAUAUAAACUCUCCAAAACCCUAGACAAACCCACCAAAAACAAUCUCCAUAUAUUUUCCACCUUAAUUUGUUCAAUCAUUUUUCAGGAGUUUUAUAUCUGAUCAUCGUUGGAGGUGAUGAGCCAGGUUAUGAGCCUGAGGAACAUGGGGUUCGAUCCCAACCUUCUGGAGACCCUGCACGACUUGCUUGACUUCUCCGACGAGCAGAACCAGCAGAGCCACCUGACCCCUUCGCGCCAGUACGUCCGCGAGGCCAAGGCCAUGGCCGCCACGCCCGCAGAUGUGAAGGAGACUCCAAACGCCUACGUUUUUGUGGUGGAUGUGCCUGGGCUGAUAUCGGAUAUGAUUGAUGUGAAGCUUGAGGAGGACAACGUUCUGGUGGUGAGCGGGGAGAGAAGGAAGGGUCAGGGGGUCAAGUAUUUGAGGAUGGAGAGGAGGCUCGGGGAGUAUUUGAAGAAGUUUGUGCUGCCGGAAAAUGCAGACACUGAAAAGAUUUCGGCCGAGUGUCUUGACGGGGUGCUGACUGUCACCGUGGAGAAGAGGCCGCUACCCGAGCCUAAGAAAUCGAAGACUAUUCUGUAAGAAUAAACUAAACUUAAAAGAUUAAUACACUAGCCAAGAACACAAGGAUUAAUCAACUAAAUCACAAUCCUUAAAUUAUGUAUGUAAUAUAAGUGCAAGAACUGCAGCAAUUAUAUUACACAUAUUUGCAGCCACGUUCAUGGAUAAGAAGCCAUGAAAACCUGCACACAACCUUCUUCUCUCUGCAAAACUCAAUGCUUUCUAAGUUAUAGGUAAUUGGAACAAUAAGAGCGUGUUUUGUGAGAGCAGAGGCUUAUGGUUUUAUACUACAAGACCUGGAUCGCUCUAUAAUAAUCCCACAAGAAAUACAAGACUGCAUUCUUUAUAUCAAUAUGAGUCCUAUAAAUGAGCAAACACAGGAGUCCUCAAUAUAUCAAUAUGAUUGGUUAACUCUUGUCAACAUGAUUUAGACUUAUUUAUAAUAUCAAUUAUCUCAAGACUUGUAAGAAUCAUAAAUAAUAUCAAUUAUCUCAAGACAAGAAUCAUACUCAUAUUCUUACAUUCUUCUACUUGAGUAUGAUUCAUCACAACAGAUAAUCAUCUCAAAUUAUUAUAAAGGUGAUCACAUAAUUCAUUCAACACCACACUAGUACAU